AACCAUAAAGCCUGACCCAUGAGAGAGUGAAACAAGAAAGGGAGGGGGGAGGAAAAACAGAGAGGGAACCUGCUUUAACUUCAGCUUCUGUCCUGCUGAGGGGCUUCAGCCCUGUGCUUCAGUGAAGUGCCCUCGAAUCCAGGGGUGUGCAGCGGUGUGUAUGAGUGACUGUGAGUGUAUGUGAGCCAUGUCGGACCCAAGGAACAUCGAUGAGGAUGCCAUCCUCAAAGGCCUCAGUGCUCAAGAGCUGGAGCAGCUGGAGUGUGAACUGCAGGAGAUGGACCCAGAGAAUGCCAUGCUUCCAGCUGGCAUGCGGCAACGAGACCAGACCAAGAAGAGCCCGACAGGGCCGUUUGACCGUGACGCCCUGCUGCAGCACCUGGAGAAGGAGGCUCUGGAGCACCCCGACAGGGAGGACCUGGUGCCCUUCACUGGGAAACAGAAAGGAAAGAAAUUUGUGCCUAAGAAGCCAAAGGAGAUUCCCCUGCAUGAGCAGGUGAUCCUGGAGCCAGAGCUGGAAGAAGCUCUGAAAAACGCUACAGAUGCAGAGAUGUGCGACAUUGCAGCCAUCCUUGGAAUGUACACUCUGAUGAGCAACAAGCAGUACUACGAUGCUCUGGGCACCACAGGCACAAUCGCCAACACAGAGGGCAUCAACAGUGUUGUGAAACCAGAUCCAUUCAAGAGCUUCCCUGAAGAACCUCCAAACCCCACCAAUGUGGAGGAGACCCUCGAGAGAAUCCUCAACAAUGACAGCUCUCUGACUGAGGUCAACCUGAACAACAUCAAGGACAUUCCCAUCCCAACACUAAAGGAGGUCUUUGACGCAAUGAAGGAGAACUCCCAUGUAGAGGUUCUAAGCAUUGCUGCAACUCGUAGCAAUGACCCUGUGGCUUAUGCAUGUGCUGAGAUGCUACAGGAGAACACCAGCUUGCAGAGUCUUAACAUUGAGUCCAAUUUCAUUACUUCAGAUGGCAUGAUGGCCAUAAUUAAAGCCAUGGCUAACAACGCCACACUGGUGGAGCUCAAGAUUGACAACCAGAGGCAGAAGCUGGGAGACACAGUCGAGAUGGAGAUUGCCUCCAUGUUGGAAAACAACUCCAGCAUUCUUAAGUUCGGCUAUCAUUUCAACCAGCAGGGACCCCGCGCCAGAGCCGCCAUGGCCAUUACAAGAAACAAUGACAUGAUUCGCCAACAGAGACUGAGAUGAAGCAAACAGGAGAAACACUGAAGUCCUUCAGAGCCUGAAAAGUCUCUGAUGUCUGAUGACAGCGAUGUGACAGCUUCCUCUAUCAGGGGUGUGAAAGAGAUGAACCAAUCAUCCCAAAUUCAUCUGAACCAUGUCCAACCUCCACGCUUAACCAUUUCAUUUCAUUUACUGAAUUCAUUAUAAAAUGAUGUGAUCAAA